GUGGGACAGAAGCACUGUGAUGCAAGAGUGAGGUUUUCACUUUCCAUUCUCCUCUCAGCAGCAGUAGGAGAAGUCCACGCUGACGCACAACAGAAGUGCCUUGCCUGAAGCCUGUAGCUGUGUGGACCUUCUAGACCACACCGGGAGCCCAAGGACUGCCAUCCCUGCCAGCUGAACCUUCUGAUCCCUGGUCCCUGGUGGUGCCCCAAUCCUACCCAUAAUCCUUCCCUGCCAGCUGAACCUUCUGAUCCCUGGUCCCUGGUGGUGCCCCAAUCCUACCCAUAAUCCUUCCCUGCCAGCUGAACCUUCUGAUCCCUGGUCCCUGGUGGUGCCCCAUCCUCCCCAUAAUCCCUGCCAGCUGAACCUUCUGAUCCCUGGACCCUGGUGGUGCCCCCAUCCUACCCAUAAUCCUUUCCUGCCACGUCUACCACCUCUCUGGAACUGUCUCGGCUCCCUUGUAGCCUGACUGUGACAAUACAUAGGAUUUUCUUCCUUCUGUGUGGGUGAGAGGGGACUGUCCUCCCGCUGUCCCUCCCUCCACUCCGCCCCCUGCUACCUGCUCCCUCGGCACAACAUGGGCCAACACGAUCAAUAAUGUGUUUCGCCAUCCAUCUCGCCUGACAGUUCAGCUGAGGAAAGUGAGAGAGAGAGGAGUACAGAAGUUGGAACCACCUGUACAAAGCAAGCUUUCGUCAGUGCCACCAGCCCAGUGUCAGGCACUGGAGGAAUCUCAUCAGCCCCAGUAACAGGUUCUUAGGAUGGGCAAUAGAUCCUAGCAGAGGUCCUAGCAGAGGUCACAUCCAAAAACAGGCCUCGGAUAGAAAACACCUUUUGAUUGGCUUGUUUCAUUUUGAUUUCUCUCAGUGACAUUAGAAACAAACUUUCAUCACACAUUCUGAGACAUCACGUUCUGCCUGGAUAUCCGUCGCUCUUAAUCGGCUACUUCUGCCUGGUUCAAAAUGGCGGUAAACCUGACACCUAUUAGGGACACAAAAUGGCUGACUCUGGAGGUGUGUCGUGAGUUCCAAAGAGGGACGUGCUCGCGACCGGACAGCGAGUGUAAGUUUGCCCACCCUGCCAAGAGCUGUCAGGUGGAGAAUGGACGAGUCAUCGCCUGCUUUGACUCCCUCAAGGGUCGUUGUUCCAGGGAGAACUGUAAGUACCUACACCCUCCUCCCCACCUGAAGACCCAGCUGGAGAUCAACGGUAGGAACAACCUGAUCCAACAGAAGAACAUGGCCAUGCUGGCACAGCAGAUGCAGCUGGCCAACGCCAUGAUGCCCAGCACACAGCUACAGACUACAUGUAUGCCGGUCCCCAUGUUCUCUGUGACGCCCAGCCUUGCCUCUAAUGCCAGUGCUGUCGUGGCCGCUGCGUUUAACCCUUACCUGGGCCCGGUGUCGCCCGGCCUGAUGCCCACUGAGAUCAUGUCCAGCGCCCCGGUCCUGGUGACCAGUAACCCCAACGUCUCCAUGCCCUCUGCUGCUGCUGCUGCCGCUGCACAGAAACUCAUGAGAACAGACAGACUGGAGGUGUGUCGGGAGUACCAGAGAGGUAACUGUACGGGGGAGAAUGACUGUCGCUUCGCCCACCCCUCAGACAGCACCAUGAUAGACACCAACGACAACACGGUGACCGUGUGUAUGGACUACAUAAAGGGCCGCUGCUCCAGGGAGAAGUGUAAAUACUUCCACCCUCCAGCCCACCUACAGGCCAAGAUAAAGGCUGGCCAACACCAGGUCAACCAGGCUGCUGCCGCAGCAGCCAUGGGGCUCUCACCUGUUUUACCUCCAUUACCAAAGAGACCCACAGUUGAAAAAGCCAACGGUGCCACUGCCAUGUUCAACGCCUCCAACAUGUUCCAGUACCAACAGGCCCUGGCCAACAUGCAGUUUCAGCAGCACUUUAUCCCAUCAGUACCCAUGAUGCACGGUGCUACGCCCGCCACUGUGUCUGCAGCCAACUCCUCUGCCACAAGUGUUCCCUUUGCAACCGCAACAGCCAAUCAGAUUCCAAUAAUAUCUACAGAUCAUCUUACGAGUCACAAGUAUGUAACUCAGAUGUAGAAGUCUCUACGAGAACAAUGAAACUGGAGUGUGCUGGUGUUCCAUCCGCCCCAGACAACAGUUCACCCUUCAUGCCUGUAACCACAGAAAUAGAAUAUUUAGAAUAGAUUCUAUGUCUAUGCCUGUAAGCAUAGACAUAGAAUCUUUAGAAUAGAUUCUAUGUCUAUGCCUGUAACAUCCAGAACACCAGGAGACUCCAACCACCUGUAAACUGUAGUGGUUCUGACAUGCAUGCUACUCAAAGAGAUCUAGUUUGUCAUAAGGUGGUGAACAUGUGUAUUCUACACACACCAUACGGACAACAGCACCUCCUACACAGAGAGGAACUAUGUCAUCUACAGAACAUUACAGCCUGCCUUUAUAUCUGUGGAGGCGUCAUCCAUUAAAACACCGGACACACUUUGAAUGUCAACAUGAGGAGAUAGUCACAGCCACUAGUUUGGUAUGGCAGCAGACCAAGACUCUCUUUUAUGUUAUUUUCAGUUUGUUUUUCUUUAAUUUAUAUGAUUUUUUCAUGGUUUACACAAAACAAAGUUGCACCUUGUAUUUUAAACAAGAAGGGGAAAUGACGAGGAAUAGUAACUAAUUGCCAUAUUAGACUGAAAGAAUUGUGCAUGGCUUGUUUGUAGAUGAUCUGGUUCUUUACCAGACCAACUUGGUUGAAAUGGGUUAGUGGGCUUGGCGCCAUAAGGACAGCUGAAUGUUGUGGGUUUAGUACACCUUUGUGUUUUAAAACCCAUCCCAGCUUUACUAGAUAAGUUGCAAGCUCCACUUAAAGCCCAUCCCAGCGUUACUAGAUAAGUUGCAAGCUCCACUUAAAACCCAUCCCAGCUUUACUAGAUAUGUUGCAAGCUCCACUUAAAACCCAUCCCAGCUUUACUAGAUAUGUUGCAAGCUCCACUUAAAACCCAUCCCAGCUUUACUAGAUAUGUUGCAAGCUCCACUUAAAACCCAUCCCAGCUUUACUAGAUAUGUUGCAAGCUCCACUUAAAACCCAUCCCAGCUUUACUAGAUAUGUUGCAAGCUCCACUUAAAACCCAUCCCAGCUUUACUAGAUAUGUUGCAAGCUCCACUUAAAACCCAUCCCAGCUUUACUAGAUAAGUUGCAAGCUCCACUUAAAACCCAUCCCAGCUUUACUAGAUAAGUUGCUAGCUCCACUUAAAACCCAUCCCAGCUUUACUAGAUAUGUUGCAAGCUCCACUUAAAACCCAUCCC